UUGCAUAUUCACAAUAAUAAUAAUGAAUACACAAAACUAAAACAGAUUCUAUCAAGUUUAUUUGUUAAAUUGUUUAGAAAAUAUUUUUGUAAAACAUUAAGGGAAAAAGUAUCACUUUUUUUUGCAUAAUAAUGUAACAAAUAAUUAAGUCAAAAAUAAAUCUAAAACAAAACCUUAACAAUCAGAGUAAACUGUAACAUUUAGACAGAUGUGCCACUCCAGCUGUGAAUGCAGGUUCCGUUUUCACAGGAAACUACAGUGACAUCACUGAAAGGAAACUUGGUUGAGGAGGGAAAAAAGACAUUUCCAGAGCGAAGUUCCAACUGCUUCCAUGUCUGUGACCUCCCCCUCCAGCAACCCGCUGAACAAAGUCAAUGGUGGGCGGGACCACUCUGCUCCGUUUUUGGGCCUUUCUGAAUGUCACAGCGAUGAUCUCGCGCUCCCAUUGGCUCCUGUCUGCGAAUACGUCACAAUCAUGAUUAGAAUUGAUGAUCGGACGUUCUGAUUUCAUUGUCUAGCAAAGGGGACUGGUGAAGAAAUCUGCUGAUUUGGAACGUUCGUCUGAUUUUGACAUUCAAAAUGACACACGACCCAGUGGUGUCCCAGGCACUCUGAGGAUAGAAAGAUGAGCACGGUGGAAACAGUGCUGGGGUAGAAAGAUGGAGGUGCUGCUGUGAUCUGCAUGGCUGCCCCGUUCCUCUCCAGUAGCAGCAGAAUGGAUGCGUGGCCACAAAGACGUGGCCUGCAGACUAUGAACCUGCGGUCAGUGUUUACAGCUGAGCAGCAGAGGAUCCUGGAACGUUACUAUGACAAUGGGAUGACCAAUCAGAGUAAAGCGUGCUUCCAGCUAAUACUGCAAUGUGCUCAAGAAGCCAAACUGGACUUCAGCGUUGUCCGGACUUGGGUUGGCAACAAGAGAAGAAAGCUUGCCUCCAAGGCUGACCAGAAUGGAAGCAUGUCUCAUUCCUUGACUAGUCAUGGAAUUGCCGGAGGGCUACUCUCCAAUCACGCGUUAGCCGGAGGUGUGCUGUCCAAUCACAGCCUAGCGGCGGGGGCGCUGCUUCCUGCCGAUGUGGCGGCAGCGCGGAACAUCCAGAACCGUGUGCACCUUCUUCCUCCAUCCUCGUCUUUCCCAUCUUUCUCAUCGACAUCUUCCUCGCCCUCAUCUUCCUCUCCCCUGAGCAGCGGAAGCAACAACAACGACGUGAUACUGACCGGGAUCUACUCUCUGAACUCCGUCCCCCGCUCCCGGCCGAGGCCACCGGCUGCCCCAUCUCAGUCGGACUCUGAGCUUUCAGCUCACGCGGCGUCUUCCUCUCUGAUCACGCAGGUGUUGCAGAGCAGGAGCAACGCCGCGUCCUCCCCCGUCCACCCCAAGCUCGUGUCCCUCACACAGAAUCUCCCCACCCUCGCAUCCGCCUCAGGACCUUUAGUCUACACUGCAGUCAGGAAGGGCACUUUAUCCACUGGGGAGGGCGGGGUAAGUGCGGGAGCAGGGGUGAUACCUCACAGCUGGACUAGACAGUACGGUACAGCGCAAACUCGCCCCUGGUCGUCCUCCUCACAAUUCCAGACUCAGCUUCAACCCAGACCUCACUCCAACCCUCAACCUCAGCCUCCUGCCCCGCAGCAGAAGCCCCGGGCCUCCAUCCCUGCCUCAAACGCCGGCGCCCCCCCCGAGCAGACGCCUCGCAUCCAGCAGGUCUUCUCCCUGACAGACAAGGGGGAGGACGACCAUCUCAGAUCUGGGCCGGCAUCUGCUCGGAGAAGCCAGGAGGCGCACAGGCCGGCGCCCCUGGACGCCAGUCAUAACUUCUCCAUCGCCAUGGAGACCGGGGACGAAGAGGACGAGUGGCAAAGGGAGGAGGAGUUGGCCAAUAUGGCCGCUCAAACGCACAUCCACAGGGACCGGAUAUUAGUCAGUCCAACUGGCGGCGAGGCGUCUGUCGUGAGAGGAAGCCGCACCCCCACCCCCACCGGCUCCAGACCCACGUCUCUUCAGGGCAGCUACUCACUCACAGCGCAGACCUCACUUACAGGAGAAUCCACUUCUCAGACAUCGCUCGGCACGUCUGCAGCCCCCUGGGUCAUCAGCAACUCCAGAAAAAGAACGGAUCGGACUCAGUUCAGUGAUGGGGAUCUCAUCCAGCUGAAGCGCUACUGGGACCGAGGCAUGACUAGUCUGGGCUCAGUGUGCAGGGAGAAGAUCACGGCCGCAGCCAACCAGCUCAAUGUAGACACUGAAAUAGUCAAGACAUGGAUCAGCAACCGGCGCAGGAAGUACCGUCUUAUGGGCAUCGAAAUCCCCCCUCCUAAAGGGGGGCCCGCUGUAUUCCCGACCUCUUCCCCGGGAAACGACUCUCCGGUGGACCUCAGCCCUGACGGGGAGCGGCUCAGGACGCCUGACCUCGGGGACGACUUGAAUGACGGCGCGUCCGUGUGCCUGUCUGAGGUGUUCUCAAACCUAGAUGGAACCAUCGAUUCCCAGCAGAGAGACGGAGACGAUGGAACAGACGUGUCCACCGAUGCUCCGCUGGCCAAUAAUGUGAAGAUCGAGGUGAUUGACGAGGAUGAAGGCGCCGAUGACGACGAGGACGAAGCAGAAUUAGUGGCCUCAGACCUCGAGCAAAUGCAGAACCUGCUGGAAUUCAAGCAUGAGGAAGUGCAGUUCUUGGAAAACGAGCUAGAGAACCAAAAACAAAAAUACCAGGAGCUUGCGAUCUUCACAAAGAGCCUGCUCAUCGCCGUGAAGACAAACGACUUGGAGAGACAGCAGGAACUCUUGGCCAGUCUACCUCAGCCAUCAGACCAGGACUGGGACAUGUCCAUGGAGAGGGAAGCCCAGCCCGAUGCAACGCCCAACCACGGCGACCCCCACGCCGACGGCGUGAGCAGCUUCGAUCCUCCACACGCCCAAGCGAAGGAAGAAUUCCCGCUGGUCACCGUAAACAAAAACAACACGGCAACAGAAGUUACUGAGCCCUCUGCAUCAGAGGAGCAGCCGCAGGAAGCGGCAACUGAACAAAAGUGACUCGUCCGCAUCAGCUCACAAACACACUCCUACAGAUGUUUUCGCACUCAGCUCAGAGGCAGGUUUGACACACAAAGCCGUACGGCCCCGACAGCAACGCAAACACUCUGGUAAAUUCCUUACUCCAUGCACAGUGCCUGUGGAUUGAUGCUUCACUAUGACUGUUGGUUUGAUGGAUGCCUUUUUUACUGCAUAUCAUUCGCCUUGCUCUGGUCCAGUCCAGAGAGAACAAUAAAUGACCUCUAACUUAGGAGUCUUUGUUUAUUCUCAUGUAACUGCAAGAAGGAAAAAAAAUGAAUGAAUGUUUACUUUCUAAAAGUGAAACUGGAGAUUUGUCCAUUGAUGAGAAACAGUAACAUAUUUCAAUCUUUAAUCAAUCUUUCUAUCAUGGUACCAUAUAACAUGUGAUCAUCAAACUACAAUGGGACAUGCUAUGCUGUACAUCCUUUCUCUCCCCCCCAACAAAGACUGUUUGUGAGGGUGGGACAGCUAGAGAGAAGUGGAUGAGCUUUAAGCCUCUUAUUUCCACUAGAAUUAGGGACGGACAGGCUUACCAUUCAGUGGCUUUAAAACAUUAAACGUGCAACCUGAACACGUA